GAAUAACUCGAGUAAAAACAAGAGUCGUGGAGAGUUCCGAAAACUCUUCGAGCAGAUCAUUCCGGAGACCAGGCGUUCCUUGGCAUACUGAGAGGAGUCGGUCCCGGGUGAAUAUUCCUCCGAUCCGAGAGAAAACUUGGACGCAUUCCUCCAUCGUGGCGUGAGAUUUUCGAAACGAAUUCGAAGAAGAACAGAGUUGGGACUCCUGAUUCCAAGACCGUGGAAGUGCUCGCCGAGAUGGCUACGGGCUUGAUUAGUGACAUUUCCACGAAUAAAACUCCGUGCAGCGGCUACAUACGUGUCUUGACACCUUUGGAGUUGCGGGGAAAACAGCUAUUCUUCUCCUACGCGGAUGUACUUCUGCCACCGAAGGACAAGAAAUAUCUCGAACCAGGAAUGAUAAUGGAUAUCACCAUCGACUCCUCGGGAAGAGCCGUGAAUAUCAAGCCAGCGCCGAUGGCUGAGUAUCCGGGAUCGGUGGUGAGAGGACCACGACCCAGAGCAUCUGGGCACGGAUUCGUGGUUUCUUUGGAUUCCACACUAAAACACGUGAAGGUCUCUGUGGAAUCCUACAAUCAGCUGCAGUUGGAGGCCCCGCCUCUCCCGGGAGAUUUCUGCACAGUUCGUAUUCCGUGGACCGAGAUGCUCCAAGCGGCUAAAGAGAACCGGAUGGUCUUGGCCGAUGUGACUUCGUUCAUGAGAAGACCGCCCAGAGUCUCCUUGGGGGAGAUUCCGCGGAAACGACUGGACUCUGAGAGCGAUUCAUCGAUUAUGGAGAUGGAUUCAGGGUCAACAGCAUCUCUGAAAUCACAUGAUGACUCGAUCGAGGAACACAGCGAGGGAAACACAUCAUGGGCGAAGCCAAUAUUCGCCCAUGCUCCGAAGUCACGGCAGGAAAUUCGCUAUCGAUGCAGAUGCCUUGAUACCCGGACCAGAUGUAGAUACGUGAGACCCGCCGUUUAUUACUCGACAACCGAUCGAACCGCAACGUUCGAGCAAUACGUUCAAGCAAACUUGCGGGCCUCGAACGCUCCAUGUAUGCAAGGAAUGCAUGGCGUUCCAGUCGUUUCACGAUGCUCCGGCAAUCACCCUACGCCUUUCUACGAUACACUGCAGCCGUCGGCAGCGUUAGUUCUCACUUCACACAGCCGCUUCACCUUCACAAUUACGGGCCAUAUGCCGUAUCAGAACUCCUAUAGUAACUCCCAAGGAUGCAGGGUCCAUGGAUAUAUUUCGUAG